AUGGCGGGGGCUUCAGUGAAGGUGGCGGUCCGGGUCCGUCCCUUCAACUCUCGAGAGAUCGGGAAGGACAGCAAGUGCAUCAUCCAGAUGUCAGGGAACACCACAAGUGAGCGUUGCAUAUUUGUAUUAUAAGAGUUUCAAUUAUAUUGUCAUUGGUGUAAGAAAACACAUGGACCUGAGGACUUCAGCUUUGCUCUUCUGGUUGUAGGUUACUUAUUGAUUAACCUGGGCUGGAUGUUAAUUGGCCCCCAAAUCAGUAGGCCUAUCCAGGGCUGGGCUACACAACCAAUUAAUUUUUUCUUCUAUUGAAGUAUUUCAAAUCUAAAAUAUUUUAGUUGGGGACCAAGUCAACUGAUGAAGGCCCUGCCUAAGUACUGGUAGGGGAAAUGCUGAUAUUAGGGCUAGUCUGCCAUUGUUAGAGUCUAUGUAGGCAAUGUUCUAUACUAGUGAUAUCUCUGGAAUAUGUAUUGAUGAAUCCUUGAAAGGCCUUCUAUUGGGAUAUACAGCAUUUUCCAGUCUGAUAACUCCAGGCAAAGAUGUCCUCAUCAAUAAUGAAUGUAGUUUGAUUAAAUAUUUACUAAUAUGGUCUGAUUUAGAUUGGGCUUUCAGGAGACAGCAUCAUAUGACAUUUUAAAUGGUUUUGGAGGUGCUAUACAUGUGUUAUAUCAUCGGAUCUAACACCAUCUCAAGCUUAUUUCAAUCAAUUCAUCACUUCACAACAUAGACACUUCAUGGUGGAUUCCAAUCAUCUCUACUGUAGAGAAUCACUGAAACAUUUUCUGCUUGGUGCUCGGAACACACGCUUGGAAGCAACAGGAUGGUGGGUAGUGAGGCAUGUAACACAUCUCCGUAGGGAUUGAAACAAAGGCUCCAAUGAGAACUGAGAGCCUGUCUGUGUGUGUGUGUGUGUGGGGGGGGGGGGGGGGGGGGGGGGGGUUGACCUCUAGAGCAUCUCAUCCCUCAUCACGCGACCCAGAGGGUCCAAAAGGCCUCGUUGUUUCUGUCUCAGCUGAGACGCUAGAUCAGAUGAUGUGUGUGUGCCAGUGUGUGUGUGUGUGUCUUAUUCCGCUGCUUUGUGCCUGUCGACGGUCAUUCCCACAGUCUUUGGCAUGGCACAGAUUCGGAAUACUCAAAAUUGGCUUCCUCUCCUCUUCCUGACUGAUAUGAAAGUACUGGAUUGGUGAAAGUAAUAGGGCGAACGGCCAAUAGCAAUAUCAUCCAGCUUAUCAGGAGGCCUCUUCAAUUGCACCUUUCCAAUCAAUACAAGCGAACAAGGAUGAGGAACUAGAAAAUAGGAAAGGAAGCCACUUUAGAAUUUUUAUUUAGCCAAGUUGUCAUGCCCUCUCUCUUGGAUGCAACUGACUAAGGAGCACUGAACUACAUUAUUCUGUUCCACACAACAAAGACUUUCAAUUUGGCUGAUUACAUGUCCCUAUGAAUACCUGAUAUUCAGUAUAUAACCCACAAACCCAGUCUAUUGAAGUGCUUAAGUGACAUCAUCAUAGGUCGGUCACCACUGAUGAUGCUGCGUUAUUAAUCUGACUCAGAGGAACAUCAUCCCUGCAGUACCUACAGUACACUGAGUGUACAAAACAUUAGGAACACCUGCUCUUUCCAUGACAUAAACUGAUCAGGUGAAUCCAAGUGAAAGCUAUGAUCCCUUAUUGAUGUCACCUAUUAAAUCCUUUUCAAUCAGUGUAGAUGAAGGGGAGGAGACAGGUUAAAGAAGGAUUUUUAAUCCUUGAGACAAUUGAGACAUGGAUUGUGUAUGUGUGCCAUUCAGAGGGUGAAUACGCAAGACAAAAUAUUUUAGUGCCUUUGAACAGGGUAUGCUAGUAGGUGCCAGGCGCACCAGUUUGAGUGUGUCGAGGACUGCAACGCUGCUGGGUUUUUCACGCUCAACAGUUUCCCGUGUGUAUCAAGAAUGGUCCACCACCCAAAGGACAUCCAGCCAACUUGACACAACUGUGGGAAGCAUGGACCAGCAACCCUGUGGAACGCUUUCAACACCUUGUAGAGUCCAUGCCCAACGAAUUGAGGCUGUUCUGAGGGCAAAAGGGGAUGCAACUCAAUAUUAUGAUUUGUACACUCAGUGUAUAUGGACCACAGACAGUAGCUGCUGCCAGGAGCUUGCUCAGCGUUUGUGCCUUGGCCAUUGAAGUCUUCACAGAGAUGGACUUGCUCAGCUUUCCCCAAACUCCUGGCCUAAUUUCAGAUUCCACCAGGUCUACAAUUCUCCCUAAAAGGAUGACAAUGCAUUUUCCACUAAUGAUAUCUAUGUAGCCAGCCAAAGAUUAUUUCUAGUGGCUAUUUACAUUUGGUCUGCCAUAGCCAAGGACUACACAGUGUUUCACCACAGCUUACUUUCUGCUAGUUUAUGGGUUUGGUCUGGGCACUUCUCUAACCUUUGUUUACUUCUUGUCUGUGCUUUUAGCAAUAAUAAACCCCAAACAGCCAAAGGAGAACAAGAGCUAUAACUUCGACUACUCUUACUGGUCACACACAACAGUGAGUUUCACCACAUACACCUGAAAGACUUGAAUAUCAUGCAUUUAAAGACCAUGCAAGCCAUGACCUCAAUAUUCACUCCAUAAAUAAACGAACUAAUAAUACUAAUACUAAUAAGCUAACUAAAGGAUUAUUCAUACUCAAACUCUGUCUUUCUCUCUGCAGCCGGACGACAUCAACUAUCAUUCCCAGAAGCAGGUGUACAAGGACAUUGGGGAGGAGAUGUUGCUGCAUGCCUUUGAGGGAUACAAUGUUUGUAUCUUUGCCUAUGGCCAGACUGGAUCUGGGAAGAGCUACACCAUGAUGGGCAAGCAGGACCAGAAGGACCAGCAAGGCAUCAUCCCUCUGGUAAUCUGGAUGGGUGGAUGGAUGGAUGGAUGGAUGGAUGAAUGAAUGAAUGAAUGAAUGAAUGAAUGAACGAACAAACGAACAAACAAAUGAAUGACAAAAUGUAGUAAAACAGCAAAUAAUUAAACGUUACUUCAUCAUGUACAUGUCAGAUACUGGAUCUUUGAAAACCCAUUUAGGUUUAAGCCAAAAAUAUCAAAGCCUCUUAUUGAUAAUACAUAUGCUGUGUUCAUAUCAGGGUUGGGGUCAAUUCCAUUUCAAUUCCAGUCAAUAAACCAGAUUCCAAUUCCACCUUUUCCUCAUUGAAAAGAGUUGAAGAUAAUUGGAAUUGGAAUGUCAAUGUACUUCCUUAGUUGGAUGGAAUUGACCCCAACACUGGUUCAUAUGUGAGUCUAACGACGUUCCUCCAUGUUCUCUGUCUGCCAGCUGUGUGAGGACCUCUUCACCAAGAUAAGUGACAGUAAUAAAGACAACAGCUUGUCCUACUCCGUAGAGGUGAGUGCUCCCUCUAGUGGUUUGAGAAUGAGCUUCUGUACAGGACAGGCCUACUGCAUAUCAGUGAGUUAGGGCUUUUACCCCCUGGGUGAUAUAUACUGAACAUAUAAACGCAACAUUUAAAGUGUUGGUCCCAUUUUUCAUGAGCUCAAAUAAAAUAUCCCAGAAAUGUUCCAUAUUUACAAAAAGCGUAUUUCUCUAAAAUUUGGUGCACAAAUUUGUUUACAUCCCUGUUAGUGAGCAUUUCUACUUUGCCAAGAUAAUCCAUCCAUCUGACAGGUGUGGCAUAAGAAGAAGCUGAUUAAACAGCAUGAUCGUUACACAGGUGCACCUUGUGCAGGGGACAAUAAAAGGCCACUCUAAAAUGUGCAGUUUUGUCACACAAGACAAUGCCACAGAUGUCUCAAAUUUUGAGGGAGCGUGCAAUUGGCACGCUGACUGCAGGAAUGUCCAACAGAGCUGUUGCCAGAUAAUUGAAUGUUAAUUUCUCUACCAUAAGCCGCCUCCAACGUCGUUUUAGUGUACAUUUAAAUGUACACCAUAUAUUUUGCUGUGCAUAAGAUAAGAGUUCUGAUAAGAAUGUCUUCUCUGCUCCAAGGUGGUGUUGCUCAAUAGACAUUUGAUUGGCACUUAGUUAUCUUGAUUGGCACUUAUAUAGCGUAUUGACAACCUCCACAGGUGAGCUACAUGGAGAUCUACUGUGAGCGUGUGCGUGACCUGCUGAACCCAAAGAACAAGGGGAACCUGCGUGUGAGAGAGCACCCCCUGAUGGGGCCGUACGUGGAGGAUCUGUCCAAACUGGCCGUCACCUCCUACAACGACAUCGACGACCUCAUGGAGUCUGGCAACAAGGCCAGGUAAAUGGGACUUAGAAUGGAUGGAUGGAUGAUGGAUGGAUGAGGGAUGGAUGGAUGUCAUAAGGUUCAAUUCUGUCUUCCUUCAGGACGGUGGCAGCCACCAACAUGAACGAGACCAGCAGCCGCUCUCACGCUGUCUUCAACAUCAUCUUCACUCAGAAGAAACACGACAUGGAUUCAGAAAACACAUCUGAGAAGGUACAGACUUAAUAACCAGGUUCAACCUUAUGUUCAAGCUACUGCAAUAGGUUGAGGCCAUAGAGUUAUAAACCCCUACAGAUGUAGGAUCUUAAUUUGAUCACUCUUGUUGCUGAGAGUUUUCCUGCACAGCAGGAAAUGCAAACUUGUAGUGUAUUCGAGGUUUAAAAAGGCUUCUAAAGUUUGUAAUUUCCACUUUAAAAUGUCAGACUUGAUUUGCCCUAACGAAAAAUGUAUCAAUCCCUAUAAAAAAUGUCCAUGAAUUAUAAUCCACAUAAUAACUCACAUUUCCUGUUGCUGCUGAUAACACUACUCAGUGCUCAUUACAGAUAAGUCCUCAAAUAGAGUUUCUUGGGACUACUACUGUGCAUUUGGAAUCUGGGCAUUUUCCCAUUGUGAUACAGAGUAUGGAGGCAGAUUCAUACCAAAACAAAUGAUAACGGAGAGUAAUUUCUUGUUGCAGGUGAGCAAGAUCAGCCUGGUGGAUCUGGCUGGGAGUGAGAGAGCCGACUCAACAGGAGCCAAAGGAACCAGGCUGAAGGUGAGAGGGUAUUUUUGGGUCAACUUUAUGGGCUGAAUCGGACCCCCCAGUGAUAUCAAUGUAAGAAUUCCUCAAAGUUUCAAGUUAACAUUUCAAGUUGACAUGUCUAUGAACUUUACAAAGCCCCUAGGCUCUGUUUCUCAAUACUGUGGAGUGUGUAGUUUUUGUGUUGCAAGCAAGGCUUUUGUUUGAUUAAGUAUGCCCCAUCUGUUUCUUUUCAGGAAGGAGCAAAUAUCAACAAAUCUCUGACCACACUGGGGAAAGUCAUCUCUGCUUUAGCUGAAGUGGUGAGAGUCUGUACUCUUCAGUACACAACGCUUCAUUUGUAUGGUCAUUGAAUCAAUUUAGGUAUGACUGUCAAUUAAUUCAGUUCUGUCAAUGUCUUCUUUUUCUAGGACUCAGCACCAAAUAAGGUACACAAUUUCAGUGACUUCCAUUUUUGUUAUGAGAAAAUAUUUGGGGAAAUGGUAUUAAGAGAUUGGGAUAUAGAUGAUUUACAAGCGUUUCUCAACAUGUAAAUGCACUUGUAUUGAGGCAGUAUCCUAAUUGGGAAAAUUAACUGUUAAAGAACAAGAAGAAGAAGAAGGUGGAGAGCCAUAUCCCCUACAGAGACUCAGUGCUGACCUGGCUACUUAGAGAGAACCUGGGUACGUAUUUUCCACCUAGUAGCCCAGAUCCUGCCGACCAUGCUAAAUGUAGCAUCCUUAUCACUGUUUACUCUUUUGUUUAAUUCCCCUGCAGAUACCCUUUAAAUAAUCCGUCCUCUUCUUGCCCUCAUCCCCAAUUAACCUCUUUUCCCCUUUCUGUCUAUUAGGAGGUAACUCUCGCACCGCCAUGGUGGCAGCCCUCAGCCCUGCUGACAUCAACUAUGACGAGACCCUGAGCACCCUCAGGUAAGAACCCAGCUCUGAGGUCAAAUUCUCAGGUUAAAAACCUUCAAAUCCAUAGUUAUUCAGUGACCCUAUAGUACUUCACUAUCACUGUCAUCCUCUCUGAGGAGCAGUUUUAGUUCCAACCACCUGCCUCCUUAUAAAGUAAUGUACACAAGUGUAAUGACUACACACAAAAAAGUGAUUCUAAAUAGUACCAGACAGGUUAUUUUUGGUGCUAUAUAGAACCCUUUUUUGAAGGUUCAAUAAAGAGCCAUGCUUAUAAGGUUCUAAAUGGAACCUGUAUGGUGCUAUAAAGAAGCAUUUCCUAAGGUUCUAUAAAGAACCAUGAACCCUUUAACAUUUUUGAAAUGAAGCAUAUGCAUUUUGUUUGUCGUAUUUUAUCAUCACAAUCGAUGUCAUUUAGUGAAAUGAUCAUGCGGUUAUCAUUACCGGACUCCCAUAUUUUUUAAAACACGCAUUCAAAGAUGGUUGAAAACCAGCAAGUGAACGUGAACAAAUCCUAACCUUUUUUUAUGUUGUUGAACUAAUUUGUUGUUGUUUUACAAAUGUAGGAACUCUUGAAAAAUAUGCUCUACCAGGCGAUUGAGUUGCCCAUUAAAGGAAUGCUAUUAAGUCAAAGCUAGUGAUAAUGGAUAAUGGAGAAAUAUUGUUAUGGGAUGUUUAUGUCUGAGCAAAUACAAAAAUCCUUUCAGAUCCAUAUCAUUAUUCACUGUCUGUCUGUUAUCUUCAAUAUGUUUCACAAUAUCAUUCAAUACAUGUCAUUUUACUGGUCUUCUAAGCAUGUAAACUGUAAACACAUUCAUUGACAUGCAUUGUAAUAUUCAUAUUUUGACACACAAAUGUAUCAUAUUUUAUUAAUAAUUGAUAUCAGUCCUCAUUUAACUAGGCCUAUCUUCCAUUAUAAGUAAAUGAAGCAGACAUCAUGUAAAUUCAUGUAUAAUAUUUGGAUGAUUUAAAAAGUCUAUGCAAAUUCCAAUACAAAACUAGUUUACUCUAAUUGGGCAACUCUGGUUGAGAUGUUUGCAAUAUAUUAUCUAACACAACAAAAUGUGGAAUAAGUCUAGGGGUAUGAAUAUUUUCUGAAGGCACCUUUAUGGAGAAUGGUUAUAUAAAGAACCUUUCUCAAUCUGAAAGGUUCUUUGAAGAACCAUACAGGUUUUCUUUUAUUGUGGUCAGCCAUAUUAUAUUUAAAAUUCUUAAUAUUGUGUUAAUUGACAAGUUGAACUACCUCUGGAACAGCUGGGGGUCCCUGAGGAGAUAAUUGAGAUGAGAUAAACUGGAAUGACACUCUCAAUUUCGGUUGCACUAAAAGAGCUGUGAGCAAACCAGGCCGAGCCUCCUCCCCUACAUUUUAAUUAUCACUAAAAGAGCAAAGAACCCUUUUGUGAACUGCAAAGAACCAUUGAAGAGCUCAAAGGGUUCUUUGAGUCAUUAUGGAUCCACAUAGAACCAUCACCCUUCCCAAAGAACCCUUGAGGAACCCUCAUAUUUUUGUGUGUAUGCAUUGCGAGACUAAUCCAGAAAGUUACCCAGGAGCUGCAAAUAAUGAUACCUUGAACGCUCCCAUGUUGUCACUGUCAAUGACGAUUUUCUCCCAUCGUAUAAACAGUGAACAUAUUAAAAAAGAAUAAUCUUUGAGUUUGGGGUGAACCUGCCUUUUAAUUGUAAUGAUCCUUCUCAGGUAUGCUGACCGCGCCAAACAGAUCCGCUGUAACGCCGUCAUCAACGAGGACCCCAACAACCGCCUGGUGCGUGAGCUGAAGGAGGAGGUGUGUCGACUCAAGGACCUCCUCUACGCCCAGGGCCUGGGAGAUAUCAUAGACAGUGAGUACCUACCUACCUACACACACACACACACACACACACACACACACACACACACACACACACACACACACACACACACACACACACACACACACACACACACACACACAGGAUGAGAGCCAUACAGAUGUGUGUGUGAGUGUCUCACACACUCUUCUCUCUCCUCUUUCCUCUCAGCGUAUCGAUGUCCUGAUCCUGUGAUAGCUGGUUUGAAAAGUGUGUAUAUUCUGGCAACCCCACGCUUUGCAGCUAACUGAAAAUAAAGCCAAACCUCUACCAUACUAAACUCCUAUAACACCCCAGAGCUAUAUAGAAGGACUCCAACCCAAAACCCAUCUUAAAUCCAUGCAAAUGUUUUACAUGGGAUCAGACACACUGAAGAAAAGAAACUCAGAUUUUUACUGUCCACCUCUUGAGGACUGGAAUGCGUCUCAAUAGUCUAACAUGGCAUCUUCUCCUCAUCUCCUUUUCCUUCAUCUGCACUGAUCUGCAAACAGGGGAUAGGUGAAAGCAAGAUGGUGGACUCCUCUUAGAGAAUAGACUUUCACCUUUCCAGUCAUUUCAGAUCAGUGUAGAUGAAGACAAGGGGAGGAAGCCAUUUUAGACUGUUGGGAUGCAGCCUGUGUUACACUCUGGUUCUCUGGGUGUGUAGCUAGCUGGUUCGAUGCUCUGCUUCUGUAGAGGAUCUUUGAUAUGCCAGGCUCUUAAUGUGGGCUCUAUCUGGGGCUCUAGAGCUCUGCUGCCUUACCUCUAAUUCACACUGCUUGCCCUGCAUAAUUGUCCCUUGCUGGAUAAAUGUAGUUUUUUGGAAUUGCAUUGAUUUUAAUCGAAUAAUACUUUCACAGCCUUUCAGUCUGGAGAUUAUGCUGCAAGUAAGAACUAAAAUACAUGUAUUCUAGAUUGGCUGCUCGAUAUAUUCUUUUUAGCUUGUUACUGUAUGUAUUUUGCAUAUGAAUGUCAGAGAAAAGCGGUUGCUCUCUAAUUUAUCGUAUGCUUUGCAUAUCCAUCAGUGUAAGUUGCUCUUUUCUCGCUCCUCUCUCUGCAGUGGCUUUGGUAAGCACCUGUCUCUGCUUCUAUGAUAUAUUUUUUGAGCUCUCUUCUUUUCUUUUUUUUUACUCCUCCUUUGUUUUCCCUUUCUUCCUUAUAUCCACUUCUCUGCAUUUUUCUCUCCACCCCAAUGUCUCCUCCUCCUGACCUUCCUGCUGUUUGCUCCCUCUCUUUCCUUCUCUCCCCCACACACUCCCGCUCUUCUUCUGGCAGACUUGUGCGAUUACAAGAACUUUGUCAAUAAUCGCCAGGCUGUCAAUCAAACGGGUGAUCUAUCCACAGUGACCAAUGCCAUGACUGGGAUGAGCCCCUCCCCCUCUCUCUCCGCCCUGUCCAGCCGUGCGGGCUCUAUGGCAAACCUGCAUGACCGCAUCUUCAGCCCCGCCUCCGAGGAGGCCAUAGAAAGACUCAAGGUAGGGAGGGAGGGGGAACUUAGAGGUGGUGUAUGAGUGAGAGAGAUGGAAGAAGAAAGAGACAGGGUGGGAAGGGGAGAGAGAGGAGGAGAGGAAGGGCAGUGGAGAGACAGAGAGAUAGUUAGACAGCUGGUGACAGAUGGAGAAAGAGAGGAGAGAGGGGAACAAGGAGGUUAGAGAUAGAGUGAGAGAAGAGAGAGAGAUGGUAAGGGUCAUGGAGGCUAACCAUAAUGUUAAGUAAUGGCAUGUAUGUAGUACCAUGCCAACUUAGACAUCUGUUGUUCUUUUCACCCUAGGAAACAGAGAAAAUCAUUGCUGAGCUCAAUGAGACAUGGGAGGAGAAGUUGCGCCGUACUGAAGAUAUCCGGAUGCAGAGGUGUGUUAGACGGAUUUAACCUUGAACCAUUAUCCUUAUCUGAGUCCAUCUGUCUCAAAUAACUGUGGCUCUCUGCUAUAUGUAGGGAGGCCCUACUAGCUGAGAUGGGCGUGGCCAUGAGAGAAGAUGGAGGCACCGUCGGCGUGUUCUCCCCCAAGAAGGUCUGAACCCCAGUACACCCUGUAUGGCAACUGUAGUUGCUACAACAACCCCUGUCAACAAUAUUUCAACACAAAAUGUCAACAUAUGUGGAAGCAAAGUCACAAUGUUCUUGUCUUUCUUUUAGACCCCUCACCUGGUAAACCUGAAUGAGGACCCACUGAUGUCUGAAUGCUUACUCUACUACAUCAAAGAUGGGACUACCAAGUAAGAACUACUGUUUUCCUUCAUCUGCAGGAAAUGUUUACCUCUUUUGUAUUGAAGUGGCCUCCAGUCCUGUAGUACAGUACAGAUGGAUUUGGAGUAGGGGGUAAGCUGUUUAAGUUUACUACCUGGAAUAUCAAGGGGAUAAAUGGUCCUGUGAAGUGGGCAAUGAUAUUUUCUUCAGAAUUUGAAGAGUAAAAUACUGUUCUUACAAGAAAGAGAUCUAUGUAAAGCAAUCUACUCCAUAUCCUAUGUAUCUUUCCAUCAGGGUUGGACGUGAUGACGCCAGAAGUCGCCAGGACAUCGUGCUCAGUGGCCAUUUUAUCCAAGACGAGCACUGCACCUUCAGUAGCACCACAGGCCACGGGGGAGAAGGUGAAACUGAACUGACCAGCUGUGGACGAACCAUGAUAGUUCUAUUAGUUCUAUUUCUAUGAGAGGAAUCAUCAGCAGAUUAUGCUUGCGUGCACCAGAGGUUAUAGGGUCUGUAGAGACAGGGACUAGUGAAGGUAUAGUACUAUAGUUAUAGUAAAUGGUUUCUGAUUGGCUUGAAGGGCAUUCUACAGCGUGCAUCGUUUCCUUAUUUGCAUGGUAGAAUUCAAUGGCUAUAGUUCAUUCUAUGUUUGAGCUUCUUUUAAAAGCAAAAUUCAAAUUUUGGCAUUGUUGAAUUCGAUUUUCAUAAUGGCAAGCUCGGACUGAUGGUUUGGUUAGCUAAACUAGCAAGUAUGUUUGUUUGGUUACCGUGGCAACUACUGUAGCUAUCUAGUAAAUUUGCUAGCUAUUUCAGUGAAUGUUGAACACAUUUCUUCCGGCAAAUGAACACAUUUCUAGCGCAAAUGUGUUAAAUUAUAGCCAUGGUAUAAAAGGGAUAAUCAACUCGGGGCUCCAGGCGUUCUCUGGAAAAUAAUGCAACUCCGUGGAAGGUCAGUUCCACUCCACUAGCGCUUCGUGGAACACACUUUCCACAUCAUUCAUUAUUUUCCAUAGAAAGCAUAGCCCCUCGUUGAUUAUCCCUUACGUAAUCACCACAGAAGAAGACAGUAGUUAGCCGACCAGUUGCCUUUUACCCUCUUGCCUUGGCUUUGUAGAUCACAGCUCAUUGAGGGCAAACAAAUAAUCCAUUCAGUACAUGUAGAGUAAGAAAGGGAGCCAUUGUAGAAUGGCCAAAUGCUCACCAUCCCCGGUGGUUCUUGUCUGUUGAUGAUGAUGACACAGGGAAUGUCAUCCUGGAGCCCUGCGAGGGGGCGGAGAUCUACGUCAACGGGAAACUGGUGACCACGCCUACUCUGCUUCGUUCAGGUAAGACUUAAACCCCUCAGCAUCUUCCACUAAGUGCGGAAAAAUAUAUACAACAUAUAUAAAACAUACUGAAAAACACUACACUGAUUUAAUUUAAAUAUUUUGUAUUUGUCUUGGCAUGAAUCUGCUUCCAUAUACAACAUCAUAAAUACACAAAAAAUCACCAUAGGUGAUUCACACUUGAACAGUCCAGGGUUAGAAUCAUUAAUAGGUUUAGACAUUGAUGAAAUGACUGAGGUGUGAUGCGAUUGACCUCUGAUUGACCUUUGACUCCUGACCUCAGGAAACCGCAUUAUCAUGGGGAAAAGCCAUGUGUUCCGCUUCAAUGACCCGGAGCAGGCGCGGCAGGAGCGGGAGAGGACCCCCUGUGCUGAGACCCCCGUGGAGCCCGUGGACUGGGCCUUCGCCCAGAGAGAGCUGCUGGAUAAACAGGGCAUCGACAUGAAGCAGGAGAUGGAGUCAAGGUACAAUAAUGGAUGGACUGCUUUUGGCAAAGCACCAGCUGUAAUUACAUUUUAGAUCACCCUUUUAUAUAGUAUGACUUUUCUUAAAAAUUAUUUGUGAUAAUUUUGUCUGCAGGCUUCAAGAGUUAGAAGAUCAAUACCGCCGUGAACGAGAGGAGGCCAGUAACCUUCUGGAACAACAGAGACUGGUAUGACAGGCCACUAAGAGAUACCCCUUAAAAAGCAAAGUUUUAUUUUUAUAAAUACAGGUAACUGCAUAAAUAAAGGAAACACUUGAGUAAAUGAGGGACACAAAGUACUGUAUAUUGAAAGCAAGUGCUUCCACACAGGUGUGGCUCCUGAGUCAAUUAAGCAGUUAUCAUCCCAUCAUGCUUAGGGUCAUGUAUAUUUUGUCUACCAUGGCUAGAAGAAGAGAUCUCAGUGACUUUGAAAGAGAGGUCUCAAAUGAGCAUAGGGAUAGGGUUUAAAAGGUGCAUUGAAGCUGUUCUGGCGGCUCGUGGUGGCCCAACGCCCUAUUAAGACACUUUAAUUGGGUGUUCCUUUAUUUUGGCAGUUACCUGUAUAUGGGAGACACUCAGUGGUCAGUUUAUUAGGUACAACCAUCUAGUACCAGGUCGGACCCCCCCUUUGCCUCCAGAACAUACUUUUUUUUCGGGGCAUGGAUUCUACAAGGUGUGGCGUUCAAACGUUGCUCAAUUGGUAUCAAGGGACCUAACAUGGCCCAGGAAAAUGUUCCCUACACCACCGCCACCAGCCUGUACCAUUGACACCAGGCAGGAUGGGACCAUGGACUCAUGCUGCUUACACCAAAUCCUGACUCUGCCAUCAGUAUGACGCAACAGGAACCAGGAUUCGUCGGACCAGGCAAUGUUUUUCCACUCCUCAAUUGUGCAGUGUUGGUGAUCGCGUGCCCACUGGAGUCGCUUCUUCUUGUUUUUAGCUGAUAGGAGUGAAACCCGGUGUGUCGUCUGCUGCAAUAGUCCAUCUGUGACAAUGUCCGACGAGUUGUGCGUUCCGAGAUGCCGUUCUGCACACCACUGUUGUACUGCUCCAUUAGGACUGCCGCUGACUGGAUGUUUUUACUUUCACCCUUCUUUGUAAACCCUAGACACUGUUGUGCGUGAAAAGCCCAGGAGGCCGGCUGUUUCUGAGAUACUAGAACCGGUGUGCCUGGCACCGAUGAUCAUACCACGCUCAAAGUCGCUUAGGACACUAGUUUUGCCCAUUCUAACGUUCAAUCGAACAGUAACUGAAUGCCUCGAUGCCUGUCUGCCUGCUUUAUAUAGCGAGCAAUGGCCACGUGACUCACUGUCUGUAGGAGAGAACCAUUUUCGUGAACGGGCUGGUGUACCUAAUAAACUGGCCCCUGAGUGUAUAUGGGCUAUAUUCUGUCAUGUGAUUUGAUGUGUCUGUACCGGGGUCUCUCCCAGGACUAUGAAAGUAAACUGGAGGCCCUGCAGAAACAGGUGGACAGAAACUCCCGUUACCUGGAGUCCCCAGAAGAAGAGGAGGAGCCUGAGGAGGAAGGUGAGACAUUGAUUGACAGUUACCUCUAGAACACCCUUUUUCAAAUGUUUACAAUGAUUUUGAAUUAAAAUGUCCAUUGCUGAGGUAAGGCCAGAGAAUGGAAUAUUUUCUGAAUUAUGGAAUGUUUUAAGUUUUUCCCAUAGUUCCGUGGACCAAGCGUGAGAUGGAACUGGCAAUGUGGGCGUUCCGUAAGUGGCGUUUCUACCAGUUCACCUCCCUCAGGGACCUGCUGUGGGGUAAUGCCAUCUUCCUCAAGGAAGCCAACGCCAUCAGUGUGGAGCUCAAGAAGAAGGUACACUGUCAUUGUAUACAAUCUAUCUAUAAAGUAGAACAAGUAUUCAGUGGUGAAACUGUGAGGUAUCAGUCAAAUGAAACUGCGUUAUUAAUCAGUUCAGUCAAUCUACCAAAUUAGUGUACAUCGAAUGAGACUAUUCUUAGAAAACUAUAAAUCAAUUCAACGAGUCAGCAAAGACUGGUAUUGCAAAACAGUUUCCCUGCAAAGUCAUUCAAUCAGAUCGGCUCCAUUGUGAAUCGGUUCGAUGAGUCCCAAAAUGAGAUUUGAAUUGACAACAACGAUUUUGUCGCUAAUGUGCUAAUAUGCUAAAAUGCUAAAAGGAUCCUCUCUCCUUUACAGGUCCAGUUCCAGUUUGUGCUGUUGACAGACACACUGUACUCCCCGUUGCCCCCGGACCUGCUGCCCUCCAGCGUGGCGAAGGAGAGGGAGAGACGGCCCUUCCCCCGCACCAUAGUAGCUGUGGAGGUCCAGGACCAGAAGAACGGGGCCACACACUACUGGACCUUGGAGAAACUCAGGUAUGUGUGGGGGAAUUGUUUGUGUGUGUGAGUUUGUACAGUAUUACUAUACUUGUGAGGACCUUGACAUUAAACUCUGUGAGUGUGUUUGUGUGUGUGUGUGUCCAAGCAUUUGAUCAGGUUAUUUAUCUAUGGCUUUACAUUAUGAUAUGUGUCUCUGUAGACAUGAGGCUCUGGUAUGUAGGCCUAUGUCGACUUACUUUACCCAGUCUGCUUCUACUUUACAGUGUCUGUUGCUCUGAUGUGCUCUGUCCUGACCGUGUGCGUUGUCUGUGCUGCCCCCUAUAGACAGAGGCUGGACCUGAUGAAGGAGAUGUACGACCGUGCGGCGGAGGUACCUAGCAGCACCGUGGAGGACUGUGACCAGGCCCUGACUGGAGGAGACCCCUUCUAUGACCGCUUCCCAUGGUUCCGUCUGGUGGGCAGGUCAGUCACCGGCCCAGUUCCUAUUCUUUUUUAAUGUAAUUCCCUUACUUUCUUGAGGUAAUCACUAAGCAGCCAGUGCUUUCCUAAUAAGAGCAAAAGGAUGGAAACAGAUACAAUACAAUACACUUAUAGGAGGAUGCACGUGAAAAAUAUUUGAACAGGGCCAGGGUCAGUAGACUUGCCCCACUAGAGAUUACCUCAACAUUCUACCAUGGUCCUCUGCUCUGAAAUGAUUUCCCUGUGUCUGAUACUGCUCCUCCUCUCUAUCUCUCCCCCUCUAUUCCCCCCCCCCCCCCCCACCGCAGGGCCUUUGUGUACCUGAGUAACCUGCUCUACCCCGUGCCGCUGGUGCACCGCGUGGCCAUCGUCAGUGAGAAGGGAGAGGUGAAGGGCUUCCUCAGGGUGGCAGUGCAGGCCAUCUCAGGUACCAGCUACUGUGCCAUAUUGUCAUGUCUCUAUCCUUUUAUUGUGCAAUAGAUUGUGUUAGCAUACAGUAUUAGACAAGAAUGUAUAGUGUUUUGUAAAGGACACCCAAGUGGGUGCUGAGAGAGUAGUGAACUGCUGUUUGAUAAAAAUGGUCUUAAAAAAGGAUGAGGUUACAAAAAUGGAUUGUCUCUCCCCAGCUGAUGAAGAAGCCCCUGACUAUGGUUCCGGUGUAAGGCAGUCAGGAACCGCCAAGAUAUCUUUUGAGGACCAACAGUUUGAGAAGGUAGAAUCAGUAAGAAAUUAUACAAGAACUUGAAUACUUGCCAAAUCGCUGUCUGCAUUCAGUAUCUAGAUUAUGAAAAUGCUGUGUCAUUAUUUAAAAGCCCAUGUGUUUGGCUGAUCAGUUCCAGACAGAGUCGUGUUCUGGCGGCAUGUCCCAUUCUAACACCUCUCAAGAGCUACGCUUCGUGGAAGGGGAGGGACAGAACUCUGAUAUAGGAGCUGACCCUGACGAGGUCAACAACAACACCUGUGCAGGUGAGGAGAUCCUACCAAUCAGAUUGUUUUUCUAUUACAUAAUUGUGGUGGUAGAUAUGAACAGCACAAAUAUGUUUAGUGGGGGAAGACUUAACUGAAAGGUCAUGUACUUAUAAUUUGUGUAAGUCAUGGUGCAGGAGAAAAGCACUGUGUCCCCCGUCAUACCGUGUGCAGGACUACAGGUAUUUCCUGUCUUCAUCCUGUGUACUUACCAUGACCACAGACUUGUCCCCCAUCACAGCCACACCAGAGGUCCCCAGGAGCCCACUGAAGGGAGGUCUGGGCCUGGGUCUGGAACUGCCCCUGGAGAAGGCCCUGUCCCACCUCCACAUAGGCUCCACCUUCACCUUCAGGGUCACAGUGCUGCAGGCCUCCAGCAUUUCCGCUGAGUAUGCUGACAUCUUCUGCCAGUUCAAGUAAGUGCCUCCCAUUCAUUCAAGUCCUUUCAUUUAGUUGUAUUUUAGCUUUAUUUGACCAGGAAGGUUUGGAGGGUUUUGAGAGAAACUUGACAAGAUGUCAGUGAGGAAAAGCGUUUUGAAUGAUGAUGAUGACAAGAUUAUGCAUAAAGAGGCAUUUGUUUCUAAAAUCUCUCCUUAGAAACAUCUGCAAGUGCCAGUGGUUCAGGUAAUUUAAGAAUGAAAACUCCCUAAAUUCAGGGAGUACCAUGGGUUUUGGACCGGUUCCGAAUAUGUUUUUACCUUGUAAAUGUGUCUGUGGACUGUUUAGAAACAAACAGAAAAAUGCACCAAAAAGUUGAACGUCUUAUCAUUCGACUCCAUAGGCGUAUGUGUGAGUCCGGUCUUCACCAUUUGACUGAUACCUCGCAGUACGACCUUAAGAGCACAGGCAGCAAUGUCUUGCGUGUUUUGGCCUAUCCAGAUCAGUAUGUCGCAACCCCUCGUGGGGCACAUUUCCUAAAACCCGACACCCAUACUCUUCCGUUGAUGUGAGUUUAAUCUCUCUGUGAUGUUCACACUGGGAUUUAAACCUCCCGACAUGAAAAAAUACAAAAGCAUUUGGUAGAAUUGAAACAAGACCACUUUCUCUUGAUCACAGACCGACGAAAAGCUGAAGUUAUAACGAGUCGGCACACAUUUGAAUCGCGUCUCUGCGUCACAGGGCAGAACAUUCUUUGUCGUCAGUUCUAUAAUAAAAUGAAUAAUACAUUUUAUUUGCAUCUUUCAAGAUACCCAAGGACACUUACAGAGUAAGACAAAAUAGCUAAUAUAAACAUGACAAUGCUAAAAGCAAAGUGCAUUACAACAAAGGCGCAUGACACCCAAAAAAUUGCAUGAUCAAUAAUACAAGGAGAAAGAAGAUCGGCGACAAGGUCAUCAAGGCAGUUACAAUUGAGAGGUUAACUUCAACAACCUCUGCACCCCUUAUACGAUAGGAAGAUAAAAAUGUUUCGGUGGAGUUGGAUUCGCGGAGUUCAGGGGUGAGAAAGUUCCAGAGAGUGGGGGUGGCAUAGCUGAAGGUAUAAUCCCCCAUGGAGCGUAGUCUGGUGAGGGGGGGUGACCAGUAGGCCAGAGUCAGAGGAUCGAAGGCUGCGGGUGGGGGUGUAGAUGUGUUGCAUGUUGGAGAGAUGGAAGGGAGCCAAGCCAUGCAUGGAUUUGUAGGUAAGGAGAAGGAAUUUGAUUGGAAGCCAGUGGAAGUGGAGAAGUGAGGGUGUGAUGUGCUCCCAGGGUUUGGCAGUGGUGUAAUUACUUAAGUAUCUGUACUUUACUUUACUACUUAUAUUUUUGACUACUUUUACUUCACUACAUUCGUAAAGAAAAUAAUGUACUUUUUACUCCAUACAUUUUCCCUGACACCCAAAAGUACUCGUUAGAUUUUGAAUGCUUAGCAGGACAGGAAAAUGGUCCAAUUCACACACUUAUUAACAGAACAUCCCUGGUCAUCCCUACUGCCUCCGAUCUGGCGGACUCACUAAACACACAUGCUUAGUUUGUAAAUGAUGUUGGAAUGUUGGAAUGUGCCUCUGGCUAUCCGUCAAUUUAAAUUAUUAAUUAUUAUAAGGAAUUUGAAAUUAUUUAUACUUUUACUUUUACUUUUGCUACUUAAGUAUAUUUUAGUAAUUACAUUUACGUUUGCUACUUAAGUAUAUUUAAAACCAAAUACUUUUUGACUUUUACUCAAGUAGAAUUUUACUGGGUGACUUUUACUUUUACUUGAGUCAUUUUCUAUUAAGGUAUCUUUACUUUUACUAAAGUAUGACAAUUGGGUACUUUUUCCACCACUGGGGUUUUGUGCGGGUGAGGAGUUUCACAGCGGAGUUCUAGAUAUACUGAAGUUUGUUGAGGGAGCUGGCAGGGAGUCCAUUGCAAUAGUCCAGGCGUGAGGUAAUGAAGGCAUGUAUAAGAGUUUCAGCAACUGAGUCUGUAACGGAGGGGCGGAGUCUGCCGAUGUUCUUGUGAUGGAAGAAGGCAGAUUUUGUGAUGGUAUUAAUGUGGGCAUCAAAGGAGAGUGUGGAAUCGAGGAUGACCCCCAGAUUAUUCACCUUCUUCAGGAGAGAUCUGGUUGCCACCAACAUAGCUUCUGUCUUAUCGCCGUUGAGCUUCAGAAAGUCGAGCUCAUUCAUGAUUUGAUUUAUUUUAGACAGUUGACGAGUGAUGAUGGGGGGAGGUCAGAGGUGGGUUUGGAAUGAACAUAGAUUUGUGUGUCAUCAGUGUAACAGUGGAAUUCCAGACUGUGUUGACGGAUGAUUUGGCAGAGGGGUAAGAUGUAGAUGAUGAAAAGGAGGGGCCCUAGGACUGAGCCUUGGGGGCCCCCUGGUGGAUAGGAGCCUGGCUGACAGGAGCAACCUGCUGGUAGGACCUGAACCAGGCCAGGGCUGUUUCGGUGAUUCCCAGGGCCCUCUCCAUUCUUUCAAGGAGGAUGGAAUGGCAAACAGUGUCAAAGGCAGCUGAUAAGUGACAGAUUUGAUGUUUCUGAGGGUGAUAGUGCGUUUGAUACGGGGCUUGGGGAUGGGGAUGGAAGAUUAAAUAGGAUGGCUAUGUGGUCAGAAAUGGUGUGGUCCAGGCCACACAGGUCAGAGGGAUCUAUGCCAGUAUAGCACACCAGGUCCAGGGUGUAGCCUUUGACAUGGGUUGGAAAAUUCCAGUGGUGGAAAAAGUACCCAAUUUUCAUACUUCAGUAAAAGUAAAGAUACCUUAAUAGAAAAUUACUCAAGUAAAAGUGAAAGUCACCAGUAAAAUAACUCUUGAGUAAAAGUCUAAAAGUAUUUGGUUUUAAAUAUACUUAAGUAGCAAAAGUAAAUGUAAUUGCUAAAAUAUUCUUAAGUAUCAAAAGUAAAAGUAAAAGUAUAAAUAAUUUCAAAUUCCUUAUGUAAAGCAAACCAGACGGCAUCAUUUAUUUGUUUUUUAUUUAUUUAGGGAUAGCCAGGGGCACGUUCCAACACUCAGACAUCAUUUACAAACGAAGCAUGUGUUUAGUGAGUCCACCAGAUCAGAGCCAAAAGGGACGACCAGGGAUGUUCUCUUGAGAAGUGUUUGAAUUAGACCAUUUUCCUGUCCUGCUAAGCAUUCAAAAUGUAAUGAGUACUUUUGGGUGUCAGGGAAAAUGUAUGGAGUAAAAAGUACAUCAUUUUCUUUAGGAAUGUAGCGAAGUAAAAGUAAAAGUAGUCAAAAAUAUGAAUAGUAAAGUAAAGUACAGAUACCCCAAAAAACUACUUAAGUAGUACUUUCAAGUAUUGUUACUUAAGUACUUUACACCACUGGAAAACUCACAUGCUGUGUGAAAUUGAAACAGUCCAACAGGGAAAGGAAAUCCGCCGCAAACUCACAAGUGCUGUUGUCCUGGAGUCCACAUGAAUGUUUAAGUCCCCAAGCAGCACAUGGAGCAGGAAGAUGUUAGUACCUCAGAUAACUGAGUGGAAGAAAAGGGAGGAUUUGGGAGGCCUCUAUAUCAAAAUGAGGAGCAGUGGUUUUGGACCAGACAGUUUGAGCGCUAGACAUUCAAAUGAGGUCAGAUUCUGUAUCUGAGUUAUAGCCAUUUUGAGGUCUGAUCACAAGGUUAAAAGACAAACAUUCAUAAGUGUUGUUGCCAGGUUUCAGUCAAACACAUGAUAUCAAUUGCAUUUUCUGUGAUGAGCCCCUGUGAGAAUAGCCAACCCGACGCACAAUCCCUAAAUAACGGUGAGACCAGAGGGAAAGGGGGACUAUAGCGACACUAUGGGAAUGUAUAUAGUUCAGUGGAGUACCUGAUUGGAGCCAUGUCCAGUGUUGAAGGUGCCAGUAACAUCCAUAGAAUUGUUAAAGCAGAGAGCAGAAAUCACUGCGGCAGUCACGUGACCAAGCACCACCGCAAGUGGCAGAUGGACACUCGGAAGAGCUCGGUAAGCGAGAGUCUUGCUCACCGCUAUGCCAACCAAAAGGCUAGCAAAGCAAGCGAGAUGAUACCGCUGUAGACAUGACAGCAAUAGUAACACAAGUCACUGGCAGAAUAGUGAGGAUGUGGGGUGAACAAUCCACUGUGGCUUGUUUAGGUGCAGGGAGGCUGAGUCUAUGAAGUGGUGCCAAUUUUGUACUGUCACUAAGUAUGAUCAUAUCUAUUUGACAGUUAUAAGGAAGGUGAAAGCUUAUAGUUAGUCAUUUAUAAUUUGAUUGUUAUUAUAUGUAGAAAGCAUAUUAGUCAUUUCCAGGCCUAUUCCUCAACUUUUAUCUUAUAUUUCCUAUUUUCAUCAUAUUUUUACUAUGUACUUGAGUUUGUCUCUUCAAAAGUGAGUACACCUCAGCAAUUUAUAACUAUUUUUAUUUAGGCAGGAAUCUAUAUUUUAGAUCAGGUUAACUGUUUUAAAGCUAUGGUAUGGCAAAGGGCAGCAGGUAGGCUAGUGGUUUAGAGUGUUGUGCCAGUAACUGAAAGGUUGCUGGUUCAAAUCCCUAAACUGACUAGGUGAAAAAUCUGUCAAUGUGCCCUUGAGCAGAGCACUUACCCCUAAUUGCUACUGUAAGGCUCUCUGAAGAAGAGCUUCUGCUAAAUGACUAAAAUGUAAAUGCAAAGCCUUGUCAUUCAAGACCUUUCACUUCUCUCUUUUCUUCAUCCAGAAACGACUUCGUCCUCUCUUGGUUUAAACAAACAAAAUUCUUAUGGUUAGUGUUAUUCCUAAGGUAGACUCAUCUGAUGGUGCAAAACAAGUGUCCUCCAAAUGUGAUCAUAAUCAGUGCAGCAUAUUGAGAGUAGUAAAUAGUACAUAGUAGUAAUGUAACAGUGUCGUAGUUUUAAUAUUUAUGUAUACUGAAUAUGUAUGUAUACUGUAUAUUGAUUGAAUGUGGUUUUCCUACUUCCAGCUUCAUCCACCGACAUGAUGAGGCUUUCUCCACUGAGCCACUGAAGAACACUGGCAGAGGACCUCCUCUGGGAUUCUACCAUGUACAGAAUGUAAGCACUGACCAUAAAUAACAUUGUUAUUCAUUAUUAUUAAUAGGUUACUACAAGUGUUAUUUCUAUGAUAUUACCAUGAAUGAAUCAUUAAUUACUAAUUGUUAUGUAUUGCCUUGUAUCAUCUAUUGUUACUGGCCUUGUUAAGGGACUUUAGUGAUAGCUAACCUCACUUUUGAUUAUCUAUUAGAUCACGGUAGAGGUCACCAAGUCGUUUGUGGAAUACAUCAAGACCCAGCCCAUUGUCUUUGAAGUGUUUGGCCACUACCAGAAACAGCCAUUCCCACCCCUCUGCAAAGACCUCAUCAGGUGAGAGAACUGUACUUGCCCUCUUCUUCUUCAAAUGAACCUGUUUCACUGUCUUGCUAAAAUAGACAAUUUUAAAAGUUCACACUUCUAUUUCAGUCCCCUUAGACCUUCUAGGAGGCAGUUCCCGAGGGUCAUGCCCUUGUCUAAACCAGGUGAGUGGUCACACCAGAAAGGCUUAUUUGGUAUGUGUCUCUUUCUACAUCUUUGUGAAAGUGCCAGCCACCAAGCUGAGCAAGUUGGCACUGCAGCCAUUUUGUACCAGAAUGUUUACCAGACAUUGGUUAGUAGUACAAAUGUGACGGCCCAUCCUAAAUCGGGCUUAUGACGAAAAAUUCGAAAAACAUGUAAACGUAUGGCCAACCGUCAGCAUAGUCAACCCCUCCAUUAUCUCAGCCAAUCAUGGCUAGCCAGGAAUUAUCCUGUCUUUCUCGCUAUUUAGCUCAGUGCUUUCUCCUUGGCUAAAGUAGGCUCAUCAUUUAAUAUUUGUAUUCAUAUUUACAGAUCUCAUGCAAGUUUGUAAUUGAGGCACAUUAAAGUUCACGUGUUCAAGAAGGCAUUACUGGAAAAAAAUAAAAUGUAUAUAUACAGUACCAGUCAUAAGUUUGGACACACUUACUCAUUCCAGGGUUUUUCUUUAUUUUUACUAUUUUCUACAUUGUAGAAUAAUAGUGAAGACAUAAAAACUAUGAAAUAACACAUAUGGAAUCAUGUAGUAACCAAAAAAGUGUUAAACAAAUGAAAAUAUAUUUUAUAUUUGAGAUUCUUAAAAGUAGCAACCCUUUGCCUUGAUGACAGGUUUGUACACUCUUGGCAUUCUCUCAACCAGCUUCAUGAGGUAGUCACCUGGAAUGCAUUUCAAUUAACAGGUGUGCCUUGUUAAAAGUUAAUUUGUGGAAUUUCUUUACUUCUUAAUGCCUUUGAGCCAAUCAGUUGUGUUGUGACAAGGCAGAAGAUAGCCCUAUUUGGUAAAAUACCAAGUCCAUAUUAUGGCUAGAACAGCUCAAAUAAGCAAAGAGAAAUGACAGCCCAUCAAUACUUGAAGACAUGAAGGUCAGUCAAUCCGAAGAAUUUCAAGAACUUUGAAAGUUUCUUCAAUAGCAGUUGCAAAAACCAUCAAGCGCUAUGAUGAAACUGGCUCUCAUGUGGACCGCCACAGGAAAGGAAGACCCAGUUAUCUCUGCUGCAGAGGAUCAAUUCAUUAGUGUUACCAGCCUCAGAAAUUGCAGCCCAAAUAAAUGCUUCACAGAGUUCAAGUAACAGACAUCUCAACAUCAACUGAAUCAGGCCUUCAUGGUCGAAUAUCUGCAAAGAAACCACUACUAAAGGACACCAAUAAUAAGAAGAGACUUGCUUGGGCCAAGAAACACGAGCAAUGGACAUUAGACCGGUGGAAAUCUGUCAUUUGUUCUGAUGAGUCCAAAUUUGAGAUUUUUGGUUCCAACCGCCAUGUCUUUGUGAGACGCAGAGUAGGUGAACGGAUGAUGAUGGUUCCCGUCGUGAAGCAUGGAGGAGGAGGUGUGAUGGUGUGUGGGUACUUUGCUGGUGACACUGUAUGUGAUUUAUUUAGAAUUCAAGGCACACUUAACCAGCAUGGCUACCACAGCAUUCUAAUGCGAUACGCCAUCCCAUCUGGUUUGCGCUUAGUGAGACUAUCAUUUGUUUUUGAACUGGACAAUGACCCAACACACCUCCAGGCUGUGUAAGGGCUAUUUGACCAAGAAGGAGAGUGAUGGAGUGCUGCAUCAGAUGACCUGGCCUCCACAAUCACCCGAUCUCAACCCAAUUGAGAUGGUUUGGGAUGAGUUGGACCGCAGAGUGAAGACAACAAGUGCGCAGCAUAUGUGGGAACUCCUUCAAGACUGUUGGAAAAGCAUUCCAGGUGAAGCUGGUUGAGAGAAUGCUAAGAGUGUGCAAAGCUGUCAUCAAGGCAAAGGGUGUGUCACGGGUGCUGUAGGUGGGUGUGGUGCAGGAAUCAAGCGCAGGACGCAGAAACUAAGUCCAAAAGACUUUAGUGAAAUAUUCACUUAGUACACGAGCUCAACAAGCCCGGAGGCGAAAUAAAGGCGCACACAGGGGUCAAACAAAAGGCGCACUAACAUGUGCGAAAAACCCUCUCCCAAACAACGGAGGGAAACACGUAGCACAGAACACCAAACAGAAGCGCAAUCACACACAACACCUGACACACACAACGAGAAUUAAAUAGGACACUAAUGAACACUAACUGGAAACAGGUGUACAACAUCAAGACAAAACCAACCGAACAUGAAACAUACAACGGUGGCAGCUAGUACUCCGGGGACGACGACCGCCGAAGCCUGCCCGAGCAAGGAGGAGGAGCAGCCUCGGCCGAAACCGUGACAGUACCCCCCCCUUGACGCGCGGCUCCAGCCGUGCGCUGACCCCGGCCUCGGGGACGACCAGGAGGACGCGGAGCAGGGCGCGCGGGAUGCCCCCGGUGGAACUCCGACAGGAGAGACGGGUCUAGGAUGUCCCUCCGCGGCACCCAGCACCGUUCCUCCGGGCCGUACCCCUCCCACUCCACGAGAUACUGGAGACCCCCCAUCCGACGUCUCGAGUCCAAGAUGGACCGAACGGUGUACGCCGGAGCCCCCUCGAUGUCCAGUGGGGGCGGAGGAGUCUCUCCUAUCUCACCUUCCUGGAGUGGACCAGCUACCACCGGCCUGAGAAGAGACACAUGGAACGAGGGGUUAAUAUUCUUAUAUUCAAUAGGCAGAUGUAACCUAUAACACACCUCGUUCAGUCUUCUCAGGACUUUAAAAGGCCCCACAAACCGCCGACCCAGCUUCCGGCAGGGCAGGCGGAGGGGCAGGUUUCUGGUCAAGAGCCAGACUCGAUCUCCAGGUGCGUACACCGGCCCCUCACUGCGGUGGAGAUCGGCGCUCGCCUUGUGUCGACGGAUGGCCCGCUGCAGAUGGACGUGUGCAGCGUUCCACGUCUCCUCCGAGCGCCUCACCCAAUCAUCCACCGCAGGGGCCUCGAUCUGGCUCUGCUGCCAAGGUGCCAGAACCGGCUGGUAACCUAACACACAUUGGAAGGGGGUUAGGUUGGUAGAGGAGUGGCGGAGAGAGUUUUGGGCCAUCUCCGCCCAGGGAAUAUACCGAGCCCACUCCUCUGGCCGGUCCUGGCAAUACGACCUCAGAAACCUACCCACAUCCUGGUUGACUCGUUCUACCUGCCCAUUGCUCUCCGGGUGGUACCCCGAGGUAAGGCUCACCGAGACCCCCAAACGCUCCAUGAACGCUCUCCAGACUCGGGAGGUAAACUGGGGGCCUCGAUCAGACACUAUAUCCUCGGUUACCCCGUAAUGCCGGAAGACGUGGGUAAAUAGUGCCUCUGCGGUCUGUAGGGCAGUAGGAAGACCCGACAUAGGGAGAAGACGACAGGCCUUAGAGAACCGGUCCACAACGACCAGGAUGGUGGUAUUCCCCUGCGAGGGGGGAAGGUCUGUCACAAAAUCCACUGAGAGGUGGGACCAGGGUCGUUGUGGAACGGGCAGGGGUUGUAACUUACCCCUGGGCAAGUGUCUGGGCGCACACCGAGCAGGAGGAGACAUAAACCCUCACAUCCCUGGCUAACGUGGGCCACCAGUACUUAGUGCUAAGACAAUGCACUGUCCGGCCAAUACCCGGAUGUCCAGAGGAGGGUGACGUGUGAGCCCAGUAAAUGAGUCGAUCCCGAACCUCGAGCGGAACGUACUUCCGACCCACAGGACACUGUGGAGGGCUAGGGUCGGCACGCAACGCCCGCUCGAUUUCAGCAUCGACCUCCCACACAACCGGUGCCACUAGACAAGACGCCGGUAGUAUGGGAGUAGGCUCAACGGACCUCUCCUCCGUGUCAUACCGCCGGGACAGCGCAUCUGCCUUACCGUUCUGGGACCCAGGGAUGUACGUGAUUUUAAAUACGAACCUGGCGAGAAACAUACUCCAUCGAGCCUGGCGAGGGUUCAGUCUCCUCGCUGCCCGGAUGUACUCCAGGUUCCGAUGGUCAGUCAAAAUGAGGAAAGGGUGUUGAGCCCCCUCAAGCCAAUGCCUCCACACCUUAAGGGCCUGAACUACAGCUAACAGCUCCCUGUCCCCGACGUCAUAAUUUCGCUCCGCCGGGCUGAGCUUUUUAGAGUAAAAAGCACAGGGGCAGAGUUUAGGUGGCGUGCCGGACCGUUGAGAGAGUACGGCCCCUAUACCGGCCUCAGACGCGUCCACCUCGACCUGAAAGGGUAAGGCGGGAUCCGGAUGCGCCAGCACCGGAGCCGACGUAAACAGGUCCUUCAGUCUCCCAAAAGCCCUGUCCGCCUCAGCUGACCACUGCAGGCGCACCGGACCCCCUUUCAGAAGGGACGUGAUGGGGGCUGCCACCUGUCCAAAACCCCGGAUAAACCUCCGGUAGUAAUUCGCAAAGCCCAAGAACUGCUGCACCUCUUUGACAGUGGUUGGGGUUUGCCAAUUACGCACGACUGACACACGGUCCACCUCCAUUUUCACCCCUGACGCGGACAACCGAUAACCCAAAAAGGAGACCGACUCCUGGAAAAACAGACAUUUCUCUGCCUUGACAUACAGGUCGUGCUCCAACAGCCUCCUCAAUACACGACGCACCAGGGCUACAUGCUCGGCUCGGGUAGACGAGUACACUAGAAUGUCAUCAAUGUGCUGGCCUGUUGUCUCCUCCUCCUGGAGACCCUCCCCAGCACCUGGCCGCAGUGUGCCCUCCACGACCGCAAUUGGUGCAGGGGACAGGCCCCCUCGGGCUCCUUCUCCUCCUUUCUCUAGCGCCAGCACCCCCGAGCUCCAUAGGGCUCGGCUCGGAGGUGCUGGAGGGUGGAAUGGACGGACCCCCCUCGGGACGUCCACGGGUGGCCAGCAGGGUGUCCAGACGGAUGGACAUGUCGACCAACUGGUCGAAGGUGAAAUUGGUGUCCCUGCAGGCCAACUCACGUUGAACGUCCUCCCGUAGGCUACAUCGAAAAUGAUCGAUGAGGGCCCGUUCAUUCCACCCUGCGUCUGCCGCUAGAGUCCGAAACUCCAGUGCGAACGCCUGUGCGCUCCUCCUCCCCUGUCUAAGGUAGAAUAGACGCUCCCCCGCCGCUUUGCCCUCAGGUGGAUGGUCGAACACGGCCUUGAAGCGACGGGAGAACUCCGCGUAGGAGAUGGUGGUGGCGUCUAUCCUCCUCCACUCGGCGUUGGCCCAUUCCAACGCCUUGCCCGUGAGACAGGAGAUGAGGGCGGAAACGCUCUCGUGUCCCGAGGGCACCGGGUGUACAGUGGCCAGGUAGAGCUCCACCUGCAGGAGGAACCCCUGACACCCGGCAGCUGUGCCGUCAUACGCCCUCGGGAGCGAGAGCCGAAUCCCACUGGGUUCCGGACCUGGGACUGGUGGACCGACCGAUGGUGGUGGCAAGGUAGGUGGAGGUGUGGGUACCCCUCUGGACUCCCAUCGGUGCAGGGUGUUGAUGACAUCCUGUAGAGCGGUCCCCAGUUGUCUGAUCUGGUCAUCCUGGCCGCGGACAUGCUCCUCCAGCGACUCAGGUGCGGCUGUUGCUCCUGCUGAUUCCAUUUAUAAGGUGUGUGAUUCUGUCACAGGUGCUGUAGGUGGGUGUGGUGCAGGAAUCAAGCGCAGGACGCAGAAACUAAGUCCAAAAGACUUUAGUGAAAUAUUCACUUAGUACACGAGCUCAACAAGCCCGGAGGCGAAAUAAAGGCGCACACAGGCGUCAAACAAAAGGCACACUAACAUGUGCGAAAAACCCUCUCCCAAACAACGGAGGGAAACACGUAGCACAGAACACCAAACAGAAGCGCAAUCACACACAAAACCUGACACACACAACGAGAACUAAAUAGGACACUAAUGAACACUAACUGGAAACAGGUGUACAACAUCAAGACAAAACCAACCGAACAUGAAACAUACAACGGUGGCAGCUAGUACUCCGGGGACGACGACCGCCGAAGCCUGCCCGAGCAAGGAGGAGGAGCAGCCUCGGCCGAAACCGUGACAGGGUGGCUACUUUGAUGAAUCUAAAAUCUGUUUUGGUUACUACAUGAUUCCGUAUGUGUUAUUUCAUAAUGUUGAUGUCUUCACUAUUAUUCUACACUGUAGAAAAUAGUAAAAAAAAAAAAAAAAACUUGAAUGAGUAGGUGUGUCCAAACUUUUGACUGGUGCUGUAUAUUUUUAACAGCCCUAUUGUGAAGUAGUAACUAGCUUCAUCCGCCCGUUGUGCUUGCAUGUCUCAAAUAUUCAGACAAAUUUCGGACCUUCUCUUUCACAGUGCCAGCCACCAAGCUGAAUACCCUGACCCGUUCCACGGCCGGUCCAUGCCACUCCAAAUAUGACCUCAUGGCCUUCUUCGAGAUCUGUGAGCUGGAGGCCAAUGGAGAGUAAGUUUUUUUAACCCCAAGGUUGUUAUUUGUUUUGUUCUGUUCUGUCAAGUCAGCACAAUCAGUGUCCUCUCCAAAGCACCUUGAAAAACAUUUAUCCUUCCUCAUGGUCAUUAAAGCUGCAAUAUGUCACUUUAUGGGCGACCCAACCAAAUUCACAUAGAAAUGUACUUUAUAGAUCUGUAAUUCUCAUUGAAAGCAAGUCUAAGACGCGGUAGAUCUGUUCUAUGUACACUAUUUCUAUGCUUCCCCAUUCUUAAGUUUCGUCUUUUACUAUAGGUUUUGUAUACCAGCUUCAAACAGCUGAAAAUACAAUAUUUUUGGUUAUGGAAAAUAUAUUUCACAGCGGUUUAGAUGGUACAAUGAUUCUCUACACAAUGACUGCUUGUUUUGUCACAUAAACUGAAAUUAGGCGAACUAUUAGAGUUUUUGCAACCAGGAAAUGACGGAUCGAUUUCUACAUAUUUCACCUUUAACCAUUGAAAUUACAGUAUUUUCUCACCAAGUCAUUUUAUUGGUAAAUACCAGUGGUAAUAUAACUGCAAAAUAAAGGUUUACUGACAGUUUAGGGUCAUUAAUGUCUGUCAUUGAUGAAUUUGUAAUGUUCUGUCCUUAGCUACAUCCCUUCAGUGGUGGACCACAGAGGGGGCAUGCCCUGCCACGGAACCUUCCUGCUUCAUCAGGGUAUCCAACGGAGGAUCACAGUCACCAUAGCGCACGAGACAGGAAAUGAUGUGGAGUGGAAGGAGGUCAAGGAGCUGGUGGUGGGUGAGUACAGAUGAGAGCAGACGACAAUGACAUGAGCACAGUAAAUUCAUCUUUACAUAAAGAUCCCAUAGAUCCCUCUUUAUAGUACAUAAAGAUCCCAUAGAUCCCUCUUUAUGGUACAUAAAGAUCGCAUAGAUUCAUAUUUACGAUACAUAAAAAUCCCAUAGAUUCAUAUUUACUGUACAUAAAUGUCCCAUAAAUUCAUCUUUACAGCAUAUAAAGAUCCAUCACUGACCUUUGACCUUUGACCUCUCAGGGCGUAUCCGGAAUACUCCAGAGGCCGAUGAGACCAUCAUCGACCCCAACAUCCUGUCUCUCAACAUUCUGUCUGCGGGCUACAUCUGGCCCUCAUAUAAUGACAAGUACGUCCCCUCUUUCACAGCUAGUUACUGUACAUACUGUAACACCUAAUAACAUGCUUGUGUAUUAAUGGCCUUUUCCAUAAUGGAACGUUGCAGUAUGUUUGUUUGUUUUUUCUCUAUUUCACAACUACACUGAGUAUGAUUUUCCAUAAUGGUACAUUUACAUAAUGUUAUGCUAUAGUAUUUUAUGUCUAUUUUUGUAUAAACAUUUUUUACAGUAUUUUGGCACUGAAGACCAUAUGUAUUUUUAUCCAAUGUUCUAUUAUGUUACUUUUUCUUCAUUUUUGCCACGUUGCUACUGUGAAAUCCACAGCCAAGCUGCUUGCUUAUAACUUCUCGCCCUUUUCUCUUCGCGCUUCGCUGUAUGGCAGUGUGUCCCUGGGAGUUGACCAUAGGUAUAAAACACAACCUUUCUCUCUUCUCAAUUGUAUGUUCCCUGAAUCAGCUUUCUGUUGUUGUUGUUGUUGUUUCCUCAUGCUUUCAUUUGACUUCACUCUAAAAGGUGAACUCAAAGGUGUUUGUUUCUCUCCUUGUAUAUAUGUAUAGAUAGUUUGUUUGAGUGUCCGUUGUUUUUGAGGGUCUUGCACAACUUAAUACUUUUUUCACUUAUAAGCUGAUGGAGAAAAAUCAUAUUACAUGUUUCCAUUCAUUCGCCAUUGACCAAAUUAAAACAACUUAUAUACACAAAACCCCUGUAACGUUUGCCUGUAUGUUGACUUAACAGGACGUUUUACCGAUUUGAGGCGGCGUGGGAUAGCUCCAUGCACAACUCCCUCCUCCUGAACCGUGUCACUCCCUAUGGAGAAAAGAUCUGCAUCACUCUCUCAGCUUACCUAGAGGUAAACACAUCAACAUUCGACCUAAACCUUAUAUCUAAACCAUAACCCAAGUAGAUCGGCUUGGAUUAAGUGAGUUCUGAUUUGGAUACAUUUUGUUCUAACUUUCUUUAGAUGGAGAACUGCACCCAGCCGACGGUGAUCACCAAAGACUUCUGUAUGGUGUUCUACUCCCGUGACGCCAAGCUCCCCGCCUCACGCUCCAUCAGGAACCUCUUCAGCACCGGCUGUCUCAGGCCCUCAGAGAGGUACACCCCAGUUCAACCUUCUUUCUGGUACUCUGAAUCUGAACUUUAUUUAUAUAUUGUUUAUAGAGUAGACACAACUCAUUCUCUCCUCUCUCUCUCAGUAAUCGUGUCACUGGAGUGUAUGAAGUCAGUCUCUGCCAUGUCGCUGAUGCCGGAAGUCCCGGUAAGUUAAAGAAUGACACAGGUGAAGCUUGAGAAAAAUGAACGCUUCACAAUGUGUCACCCUUACACAAUUUGUCAAAAGCAUGGAUGCCGCAUGUCGGUCAUCCUGUGUACAUUAGAACCUUGAUUUAACCACAAGGUGUAUCACCAAAUGAUCUAUUGGCAGUAUGUAUCUGUUUUUCUACAGGCAUAUAUGAAACACUCUGUUGUCCUCUUGUUCACCUCAGGCAUGCAGCGGCGGCGCAGGCGCGUCUUGGACACCUCAGUGGCGUACGUCCGUGGGGAGGAGAACCUGGCUGGGUGGAGGCCCCGUAGCGACAGCCUCAUCCUGGACCACCAAUGGGAGCUGGAGAAACUCAGCCUGCUGCAGGAGGUGAGGCCUGGGAUUGGUGAGGUCUGCAGGGUGAUUGGGGCAAAGACUCCAGAGUAGUGGAGUCAAGUGUGAUAGAAUUGGUUGGUCAAUAAAUAGGAAUACAUUAUGCAUCAUGGUUGGCAUUCAUAUACUGUUUUCAAAGUACCUUUUAUUGAAUAGAUUUAAUACUCACCAAUGAAGGUGACUCACCUGCACGAUGCAUGGCGGCCAUUUUGUGCCAAAAGAAAGUCAAUGGUUUCUCUGGUUGUGUCUGUACAGGUGGAGAAGACCAGGCACUACCUGCUGCUGCGGGAGAAACUGGAGGCCACUCUGGCAGUGGGGCAGGACACGCUCUGCAAGAGUGGUGAAAUUAGCGACUUUGCCAAGAGCCCCAUCCUCAGCCACUGCCCCGGGGGUAGCCCUUCCAUGGAGAGCCCCAGCCAGAGGCAGAGGGAGCUGGCUGCCAAGGUGACUACCAGUCCCUGGCUUCAGUUAGGAACCAGGCCUAACACUUUCUUGGCCACCUUUUUGGUUAUCUCUCUCUUUGUUGGAUUAAAAUAAAUUAUUACUUUUAUUGGUAGUUAUUAUGAGUAAUAAUAAUCUCUGUUUCUGCUCCUCCUCCUCCUCCUCCUCCUCCUCCUCCUCCUCCUCCUCCUCCUCCUCCUGCGGUCUCAGUGUCUGCGGCUGCUCAUGCACACCUUCAACAGGGAGUACAGCCAGGUGAGCAGCAGUGCCAGUGAGAGCAAGGUGAGCCCCAGCCCCCAGCCCCCAGCCCCCAGCCCCCAGGCCCUUUAA